AUGAGUGUAGGGAAUGAACAAAAGGAAGAAUUGAGGCAAAGAUCUUUGGGAAAUUUUCAUCUUCUUAUGAAGGUUGACUCGGGGGUUAGUUUAGGAGAUCGAGGUAUUCGCGAGUCGUGGAACGCUGGUUUUAAAGGAGUAAACCAUCGUCCGUUUGAUUCGGGUCCUUUGUUCCUAAGGGAGGAAUCUCCAAGAUUGCUGUUCCCCAAUUAUCAUCAGCCUAUCGUGAAACCUGGUGGCCCAGUCGCUAGAAUAUACCCAUUUAAGUAUAGAAAACAGACUUGUACGCAAGAUAGAUUCAUAAGGACUAACUUUAACAUGGAUGCUGCGAGUUAUCUUCUAACUAAAAAGAUCAAGAAGCCGUUAAAAGAAAACGAACUCGACGUGUUUCACCAGGUGGACUCUCUGCCGGUUAAAUGGCGAAAGAAAUUUAUGCACCAAUUAAUGGUGCAAGAAAACGUAAUACCAGGGGUGAGACAGAAACAAGUGCUGCGCUCCAGCCACUUAUCCUUGGAAAACAAGUUGCCUGGAAACUUAGCAGGCCGGCCUAAAGAGCUGUUGGACGAGGAGUACUUGGAAGAUGGAAUGUGGAAAUCGAAGCCACGAAAGAGGCCUUUAAUAGGCAUUAUAGACGCCCUAUUAGAUAUGCCUGGAUUCCCUAAGACGUCACGGUUUCCUCAGCGAUUUAUCGAUUGGGGAGCGGGGAACGUAAUCGCAGCAGCGAUAUACGAUCGGGUGGCAUUUUACGAUACAAAGACUGAUGUCGUAGAACCGAAGAAUAGCAUGAAAGUGCCUGAUCUCUGCGCAUUGAAAUGGAACCACGCUGGUAACAAGCUGCUCAUAUGCACUCUAUCAUCGGAACAGAACCUGUACUGUUCCGACACGCGCAAGAUAAUUUGGUCGCAAAUGUGCGUGUGCACAGAGAAGUACUAUACAUCGUGCAACGUGCGUUGCGCUUGCUGGACUAAGGACGACCGAUUCCUGAUCACUGGUUGCACAGGCCAAAUCGUGGUUUACUCGGGGAGCAGUGGCAGGAUCGUUAACUCGAUCGAGGCUCAUAAUAUGUCGCUCCUGACGAUCGCACUUUCAUCGACCGAUCGAUACCUCGCGUCUUCGUCGUUCGACAAGAGUGUCCGGAUUUUCGAGUGGCCAAGUCUGUGUCCUUAUUUGGACAUCACUUAUUACGAAUAUGUCGUGGCUCUAGCCUGGCACCCGUUCGAAAGCGGCCUGUUGUGCAUAGGCGGUGGCCUCGGUGACGGUUCGCUGUCGCUGUGGAACAUGAACAAGCUAAAGUCCGUGAAUUAUCGUCACGUGCAAUUUUGCGGUGUCGUCAAUAACAUGAUUUGGAACAAGCUGAGCGGCGAGCUGGUCGUUCAAUGGUCGUACUUGGAAGGCCGCAACCAAUACGCCGUGAUGCCGGUCUUCGCGAGCCUCGACCGCAUUGUGGACGUGGUGCCGAUCGACAAGGAGAUACCACUACUCAACAGUAUCUUGUGGAACCCUGAUCAUACGCAAUUAGCUGUUCAACACGACGAAUCUUUAUCGAUGUGGAAUUUCUUCGGCGACCUGGACCAAUACCAGAGAAGUAAAAAACGGCACAAAGCGGAAGAAAAGGAACGAACUAAUGCAAGAUUCAUGAAUUUCAAAGAAUUCAAGCACUUUAAAAUUCGGUAG